UGUUGUGACGUGACGGUCAUACUAAAAAAGACGCGCUUUUUAUCUCACGCGUCUUUGGUGCUACAAUCUAAGUUAUUUUAAUCAUUUAAAAUCAAUAGUUAUUGGUUAUACGUAAUUAAAUGUAUUACAAUUGACAAAGAGUGCAUACACGUAGUCCUUAGUAUUAUCAUGCUAAAAACGGUGAGCGCCGAGUCGAAUAACAGUAGCAAAAAACAAAAUUAUGACGAUUCACAACUGCGUCAAGGUCAGCAAGAAACAGCAGCACCAACAGCGACGUCGCCGUCGUCAGCACCUGAUUCAUCAUCCAUAGUUGGGGAUGGUAGUAGUAAUAGUACCGCAAUAAGCUACAAGUUGGCCGACUUUGAGCUUGUUCGUAUUCUGAACAAUAACAGUACUCACAAAUCCGUUACUGUCUUGGGACAUUUCGCAAAUAUCUCGCGGGAGGAUUACGCGAUCAUUGUUUUAGAAAAAACUGCUUUCACCGAGAAGCAGCUUAUAAAUUCGCAGCAGUCGCAGUCGAAGGCAGUGACGACAUCAAAUUCGCAUACCGAAACGUUGCAACCGAGCAGUGAAAGUGAACAAAAUUCCACUAGUGCUGUCGAACGAAGUUUCUUCUCGGCAACGUCCCAGCUGAGGACGGAAUUCAUAAACGACAUUUACGGAAAUUUCCUGUGUGUGGUUGAUCCGGAAGUUAAUCAAAUCAAGGUUACAAUCGUCUAUCCAGCAAGUGAAAAGCACAUCGCGAAAUAUUCCGCGCAGACGAAGUAUCUGGUGGAGGAAACUGCUCUCGAUUAUCAGACCGUGACCUUACCUCAUUUGAAGCAGGAGCAACUGAGUCUGGAGUGGCUUUACAAUAUACUUGAACAUCGCAAAGAAAAGGAACGAAUCGUCUUCGAAGAUCUUGCUGAUGAAACUGGUUUCAUUCUUCUACCGGACCUUAAAUGGGACGGUAAAACAGUAGAACAGUUGUAUUUGUUAGCUUUGGUUCAUCAGCGGGGAAUCAAGUCACUUCGUGAUCUUAACGGUAGUCAUUUGCCACUGUUGAAGAAUAUCAGGGAUCGAGGCAUCGAUGCAAUCAAAAAACGAUACGGAAUUGACGCAGAUCAGCUAAGAAUAUAUAUACACUAUCAGCCGACGUUUUACCACUUCCACGUGCAUUUCACCUAUCUCAGGCACGAUUCACCGGGUACCAACUGCGAGAAAAGCCAUCUGCUCUCGACAGUUAUUGGUAAUAUAGAGCUACUGUCUGAUUACUACCAGAAGAUUACACUUCCUUUCAUCGUGAAUGGAACCGAUAAAUUAUACGAAAAAUUGAAAGCAUCUAAAAAUCCAUCGUUCGAGCCUGAAGCUAAACGCUCCAGAGUUGAAUAA